CGGAGGAAUAGAAAAUAUUGGUUUUUAAUGGGAAGAGCACCGUGCUGCGAUAAGUCGGUGGUGAAGAAAGGGCCAUGGUCGCCUGAGGAGGACGCCAUGCUUAAGUCCUACAUCGAAAAACAUGGUACCGGCAACAACUGGAUUUCCCUCCCUCAUAGAAUCGGGAUUAAGAGAUGUGGUAAGAGUUGUCGCUUGAGAUGGCUUAAUUACCUGAGACCUAACUUAAAGCAUGGAGGUUUCACUGAUAAAGAAGAUUACAUCAUUUGCAGCCUAUACAUUACAAUUGGAAGCAGGUGGUCUAUCAUUGCUUCACAAUUACCAGGAAGAACAGACAACGAUAUCAAAAACUAUUGGAACACAAGGCUUAAGAAGAAGCUAUUAAGCAAGAAAGAGAAGGCAAUUCAUCAACAACUCAGACUUGAGCCCAAAUCAACAACGAAAAGAUCAUCAUCUGGUCAAAACCAGGUCCUAAUGUUUCAUGAUGAGAAUGCGAAACCGCCGUUGAACCAAACCUCACACAACCAAAUGGCGGAUAUUCCAUCAAUAACAUCCUUCGCUAUGGAAGAAAAAAUAAUGGUCAAAGAUCCGAUGUUCGAAUCAUUUUCUUGGGAACAAAACAAGGCGUGGUUUGAUAUUGAUCAUGAUGCAGCUUCUUCAUCUCAUCAUCAUCACGCAUCCCCACACUUGAACUCCAUGACUAGUAGUAGUGGUAGCAUUGGUACAAAUUCAUCUCUACAAAUGUCUCACUACAGCAUAAAUAACAAUGAUCAUGGUGAUCAAGAGAUGUUCUUCAUGGCUGGGUUUGAGAAUCUUCAAGCCGAGCUGUUCGAUGAGAUGAUCAAUAACAACACAAAAGAAAUCGGAAUGCGUGGAACUGAAACGCUGAAUGUCAACUGCUUGGGUCAUGAUAUCAACUCCUUCUUUGAUUAUCCUCUACAAGAGAAUGAGUAGAUGAUUGAUUACUGAUUAAUUAGAUCUUGAAGAUUAUAUAUAAAUAUAAUGAUGCCAAUGUACUUAGCUUGGAUCAUGUUUACGCUGGUGUGGAAGAACAAAAACCCUAGUAGUGUGUGAAACACUUCUUUUUU